AUGUCUUUUCUAGCUAGACGGCUUCGUUAUAAAAUAGCAUCACCUUUCAUCCAGACUAGACUAGCGUCGUUAGUAUCAUACGAUAUCUAUCUGCAAAGACGGCCUAAACAAUCGUAUUCGACAGCUCCAAUCGAUAAAUACCAGGAGAAACUUCUGAAGAAGGCGAAAGAACAGGGCUUUGAUUCCGUUGGCGAAUUUCUAGAGAGUGCCAAGGCAGAUAUCGACAAGAAGAAGAAAGACUUCAAUAGGAUCGAUCCAUUGAAGGAACUGGAAGAUUACGAACAGCGUAUGAAAAUGUCAGCUAAUAACGCGGGGAUGACCAGCGCAAGGGGACCCAUUGACGCCAGCCAAGCGAAGGUGCCGUUCAAGACUCUGGAUUCGUUCUUGAACGUCGAAAAGAUUAAAGAGCUGUCCAAGCAGGAGGUCGAGUUUCUGUGGAGGGCGAAAUGGAUGAGCAAGGACGAUGCCCUGUGUGCCGUGGUUCCCGUGAACAUCUUUGACAGGAUGAUGACCAACGCAAAGAGCAAUCCGAUCUUUGUGCUGCCGCUGCCUAGAGCAGCCGCAGACGGAAAAGAGGCUCCAGAUCAGACGCAAAGCGUCGAGUUGCACUACAUCCAAUGGCAGUUCGUCGGCCCAAAUACCGUUCACUGCAUCAUGACAUCGUUGGCCGAGUUCAAAUUGCACAACGAGUAUGCCAAACCGCAUACGACCUUCCAAUUCCACUUGGAGAUGGCCAAAGAAAAGAAGAUUGUGCUGAUGAACGGUCAAGUGGAACCAGAUAUCAACGUCUCGCUACAGGACGCUCAGCUUCUGCUGCUGAACGUCCAGAGAUUCUGGGGCGCCAUGGGCGAGGAAACGCCGAUCGCUAAGCAGAGGUUGAAGCUGCUACGGGACUUUACCAGAGGCUCCACAGAUUUCAACGUCGACCUACUGAUAAGUUUAUCGCAAUCUAUGGAGAAUUGA